GAAAAUCCAAGAUGGACUAAUGGAAAUUCACUUUGACGGGCAAUGGAAUUCCUAAAUUUGCGGGGUUAAAAUUUUCUACAAUACUUUUGGUGUGGGUUUCAAGUAAAGAAAGAAAAUAUAGUUAUAAAAAACAAGGGUUCCUUAAGUGUGCUUUACAGUAGUCAUAUACCCCAUGAUUUAACAAUGAGAUUUUCAGUAAAAAGGGGGUUCCUUGCUAUUUGUUUUUAGCUCCUGGUAGUUUUGGGUGCAGUGAUUGAGCUGAAAUAAAGCUGAAACACAAUGCGGGCUUUUUGUCAUUAAAGAGACGAUGAAAGAAUCUGGUUGUGUUUCUCCGAGUUCCAGUCAAAAGUUUUAUGCCCUCUUCGUGUUUGUCUUUUUGUUUCAGAGAAGAAUGAGACCACUCAGGAGCAGCACCCAGUAAGUUUUCCUUCCACUUUCUUGGGUUUUUCCUCCAACCCAAGCAUUUCAAGUAAUCCAUGGUGUAGAAAUUGGCUUUUGUUCAAGAGGUGGGGUGAAUCUGGUGGUUUUUCUCUGAGUUUCCAGUCAAAGUUUUCUGCUCUCUGUGUCUGUAUCAUUGUUUCUGAGCACAAUGAAAUUACUCACAAGUUUCACCUGCAAGAUUUUCUGCCACUUUCUUGGGCUUUUUGUUGGAGUCCAAACACUUGAAGUGAAUCAUGUUAUGGUGAUUGGAUUUGGGCUCUGAGUUAUCUGGGAAUCUAAAGCAGUUUUUGAGGUAAGAAGUUGUACCCUGUUAGAUUUUCUUGCAUUUUCUUGGGAUUUUCUUGCUCUCUAAACAUUUCAAGAACUUCAUGGUGUGGUUAUUGGAUUUGGGCUUGAGAUAGCUGGAACUUUAGAUAAGAUGCCAUUUUCCCCUCUUUUUCUGAUGAAAAAUUGACAGAAAGAUGAGAUCUUUGAGCAGUGUAGGACUGGCAUUGAGUGUGAUAUUUGGGUGCCUACUAUUAGCUCUUUUGGCUGAGCUUUACUACUUGCUAUGGUGGAAGAAGAGAAUCACCAAGAGAGAGAUUGUUGAUGAAUAUAGUAUCUGCCCAUCUAGAUUCUUCUACUUAUUCUGUUGGAAAAAGCCCUCUUCUUUGAGCUCCACAGCUCUAAAUCCCCAAGAACUCCAUGUCCAUGAACCACAAGCUCUGAUUCAUCCCCAUCCAAACAAGGCCUUAUGGGCCAACCCCUUUCAAGAGGAGGGUGAAGUGGACGAGACUGAACUCGCGAGGCUGCAAAAUCUGUGCAACCCACCAAGAUUUCUCUUCACAAUCAAAGAAGAAACAAAAGAGGAUUUGGAAUCUGAAGAUGGGAAAUCAAGAAGUAGAAGAUUGAGUGAUGUGAUUCAAACAGUGGAGACUCCAUUUUGGACUCCCUUGGCUUCACCUGCAUAUUUCACUCCCCCAAUUUCCCCUAUGGACUCCUCAUUCAACCAGUUUGGUUUUAAUCCUCUGUUUGAAUCAUCAACUGAUGCUGAGUUUAACAGGCUCAGGUCAUCGCCACCCCCAAAGUUCAAGUUCUUGAAAGAUGCUGAGGACAAACUUUCUAGAAGAAAACUGAUGGAAGAGGAAGAGGCUAAAGGUGAAGAGAAUGGGUUUAUCACAAUAAUUGUUGCUAAGAACAAGGAGAAAGAGGUAAAUCAUCCUGAUCAUAAUUCAGGCUCUUCACAUGUGAUUCCUCUGUCUUCUUCCCCUACGAAAUUUAGACCACCAACUUACAAUAAACCCUUCUCACAUUAGAGCCUUGUUAUUACUUUCUUUCCUUUUCCUGCUUGUAUGGAUUUUUAGUUGAUUUUUAUCACUUCUUGGAGAUGGGUUUUGAUUCCUCUUGCACCAAGUGACAAUAAACCCAUCCAAUUAGACUUUUUCUUUU